UCGUGAGCUCAUCGUCGCCGUGACAAAACACUCCACAUAAACCCACGGCGCGAUCACGCAGACCCUUUUUUUCCUGAAGAGCAGCAGUCUCGUCCAGAAUCGCGCACAGACGCGCUUUCUCCACAGUAGGACGGAGCUGCUGGGGUUUUUCAUUACAUGCGCAGUCCUGUCCUGAAUCACUCAUCACCACGGCAACCUGCUUUCACAUCCACAGCCGGUCAGCAUCCUCUCCCGGACCAGGAGCUCCUCGCUGACACACAGACCACUGAGCGUUUUACAUUUGGAUAGAAACACACUGAGUCAACCUGACCUGAGCUGUCUCUCACUGCUGCUUAAAUCUGUUGGGGCCAUUUAAGGCAGCUGAGCAGCCAUGGUGAAGCUGGGCAGUAAUCUAUCCGAUAAGCUGGAGAAGCAGCCAUCUGCAGAUGAUGGCUUUGAUAACGUCCCCCUCAUCACACCCCUGGAGGUCAGCCAGCUUCAGCAGCCACUGGCAGACAAGGUCACCGUAAAGACAAAAACACAGUUUCAGCUGAAGCGGCAGCAGAGGAACAGGCUCUACGUUCCCAACAUUAAAAAGCUCAAUAUCAAUUUCUACAAUGAUGUCUCAGAUAAAGUCAAGAUCACAGGUCUGAUCUUGAUCACGCUGGCCUUUCUGACCAGCCUGCUCCUUCUGCUUAUGUACAAAGCUAUGUGGUACGACCAGCUUACUUGUCCAGAGGGUUUUGUCCUGAAGCAGAAGCACUGUACCCCUGCAGCUCUGGAGAUGUAUUACACCGAGCAGCAGGAGGAUCCAGGGGCCCGCAGCAGCACCAACACUGGGCUGUAUGCAGCUCUCAGCCGCCUCAACCAGGUCAAAGGGUCUGGCACCGGGUUGAUGUCACAGUGGUUACCAGUAAUCAGACAAGGGGCAGAGAACGCCAAAGAAAGAGACGAGCCUCUAAAAGAAGAGCUAGAAGGAGAAAAAUAAAGGAUUUAGUGAAAAAAAAGUUGAAACAACAGAAGAGGGUAGUGUGAAUGUGUAUAUGUGUAUGCAUGUAUUUAUACUUGUUUCUAGAGCUAUCGGGGACCAUAAACUAACAGAAGACCAACUUAAAGGGAAUCUUAGUUGAAGAUCACAUAGAUAUAUCCAAGGGGGAUAUCUUUAUCUGAAAUAUCAAAAAAGAGAGAAAAAACGAAUUAGAGAUAGGUCUGUAGUUGUGUUUUGUGUGAAUAUUCCAAGCCUUUUCAUCUAGAUAGAGUAUUCACUCUGCAACAUAGAGUAAUGCAAUGGGGCUCAUUUUUAGAAUGACACUAGAUCUUAAUAAAAAAAAAAAAACUAGAUUUGCAUGCAUUCAUGUAAAUACCCCGAUCUCUAUAAACAUGUAUAGCUAGGUUUAGGUAGUGCAUGCAUAUUUGCAUUUAAGCACAUGUGUCUAAUACUGUGUAACAUGCACUUAUGUGAGAAAAUUGAAGAUGAAAGAAACAAGGCUGUGUGAGAAUUUGGAGUGAGAAGUGAAGUCAACACGUUUUAUUAAUAUUGCUGCAAAGUUUUGAAUCUUGUAUUCCUGCUAUGUCUUCAUCAGACUGGAUGUAGAAUGUUUAACAUGAGGAAGUGCUCCAAAUUCAAUCUAACGAGAUAAUUAUAUUUCAUUCAUCUAAGAUGAGUAAAUUCCUCUAAUAUCCUGACUAAAUUGCAUUUUUGUACCCUUUUUUUUAAGAUAUUGCAAACUAGUUUAUUUUCACCGUAAGUAAAUUAAUCAGUGUUUAAUCAAAAUUGCAACUAAAUGAACACCAGGUAAACGGGAUCUGAUGAUUUCAGAGCCUUGGAGUCUAAUUCACUAAGCUAAUCUUUUGCUAAAUAAUGAUAUGAGCUUCUUACUCUAUUGUGAAUGUUGCUAAUUAUGUAUUAGCUGAUGAGAACUACAUCUAAGUAAUGCUGUACCUUCAUGACGGUUCGCUAAAUGUAAACACAAUGCAUCUAAGUGCCAUCUUUGUCCUUGCCUCUGUUAGUAUUUAUAUUUUCUUAUUUUCUAAGAAGAUUAACUUUCUUGGUCUUAGAUGUAUAAAAUAAAAAAUAGUAUUAAGUCUUAUUAAUGUGUACAGUACCUGCUUAAUCUUAUAGCUAGAUGUUAUUCAUUGGCAUAAUGUUUGUACUGUAGAUAUUUAUUUAUGUAUAAAUCAUUCAGACAUUUACAUUUUCUUUUUUUUUUGUAAACAAAUUGUUGACAUGAACAUAAAGAAACCAUAUAGGAUAUAAUUUAAAGCAAACCUAAAUAUUGUUUAUAGGGAAAUAAACAGAACUUACUUGA